AUGGUUUCAAUAGCUACCUUUAUCUCCGUUGCGCUGCUCCCGGUGCUUUUCUUUGCUUUUUGGAUGAUAUUGAGCACUGGUCCUUCGUCGCCCUUUGCUAAUAAAUUUCCCGUACUCGAGGACAAGCGCAUAUGCCUCUUGAUUGCCCACCCGGACGAUGAGGCAAUGUUUUUUGCGCCUACACUCUUGGCCUUGACGAAACCAGAGCUUGGUAAUCAUGUCAAGAUCCUCUGCUUGAGCUCCGGUGAUGCCGACGGUCUCGGCCAUAUUCGAAAGAAGGAACUCCAGAAAAGUGCAAUCCACCUUGGACUACGCAACGCAUCCGACGUAUUCGUGUUAGAUGACCCAUCCCGAUUUCCUGACAGCAUGACCGCCGACUGGUCGGCCACAGCCAUUGGAUCCCUCCUAGCCUCCGCAUUCGCCCCCGAGGUUUCUACAGAUGACGAUUCAAACCCUCCUACCAAGCGCCGUAACGGUUCGACCCACAGCAACGGCCGCGCAUCUUCUCCCCCAGCCGCUAGCAUCGACAUACUUCUUACCUUUGAUAACACCGGUGUGAGUAAUCACCCGAAUCAUCGAUCUCUGUAUCACGGUGCCAGAUCAUUCCUCGAAAUCCUCAUGAAAGGAAAGAAAGACUACGCCUGCCCCGUCAGCCUAUAUACCCUGACCUCCACAAGCUUUGUUCGAAAGUAUAUCGGUGUUUUUGACGCGCCCAUCAGCAUGAUGCUGAAUGCCAUUGGAAGCCUACUAAUCGGAGAAGAUGAUAAGGGGGCGGAUGGGGAUAAUAUGCCGCCCAAUCGCCUGCUUUUCGUCAGUAACAUCAACCAGUGGCUUUCAGGUUGGAAGGCAAUGGUACAGGCCCACAAAAGUCAGAUGGUGUGGUUUCGUUGGGGCUGGAUCACCAUUGGGCGGUAUAUGAUUGUUAAUGAUCUAAAAAGAGAGACCAUGUAA